ACACGUAAUCAACACCAGCAGAGGCAACGACGGAACUCCGCCGGAGUGUGUCAAAUCGCGUCCCUGAAAGAGUUAAGCGCGUUGCCAUGUACUGGCGGAGGUUAGUUUGUACAGGCUACCGUGGUGCAGAGCUUGUGGACGGCGCACAGUGGCAGGCGGACCAACUUCAACGCUCGAGCAAUUAAAAAGCAGAGUAAUGGCGGAACGAAGGGGGAUCGCUGAUUGGGAUUUUGACAGCGCUCUGCUCUCCUACUGAGCGGGUUAAGAGGAAACUGCUGGCGUCUGCCUGCCUUCCUGCCUGCCUGCCUUUAUGGACGGGCAGCAGAGGUUUUACGAGAUGGAGAAUCCGACCGAGAACCCCAGCAAGGCGGCGGAGUAUUUGAAGGAGCUCAAUAAAAUUAUCGAGACUCAGCAGGAGCUGCUGGAGAAGCAAAGGGUCCGAAUCGAAGAGCUGGAGCUCCAGGUGUCGGACCUUUGCAAAGACAACGCCUGUCUCAAAGAUCAGCACCACCGACACCUGGCCACCUGCAGACUCCAGCACGGCAACAGCCACACCACGUUAGGAGCCAUAAAGGAGAACGUGAUACAGGAAAAAUGUGAAAGUGAAGGCUCCAGAGGCAUCAGGCGGCAUGCCUCGUUACCCGUAGAAGUCUCAGAGAGCCCCGUAAACCUGAUUGCCCCUCCUUGUAGAAGAGGUUACCCCUGUCGCAAAUGGAAGUCUUCAUCGUUUGGGUAAAUAGAAGGGUUUUAUUGAAGUCACCUUUUCAUCAUCAGCCCACGUCCAACAUAUUUCCAUAGGAUCAGCUCCAGUCUGAAAGAAAUAUGGAACUGUUUUAUUACA